GAUACCAGUGAAUGUACAGAUCAUGCAUACAUGGAUCCUCAGCUAAGAAUUGCUUCCUUCUCACAGAAGUGUCAGAUUUUAUCAGGGAAGGAUUCCUUCAGAGGUUGCCUUGGCUGCCCCGACGAGAUACUUGUCGACAGCUCUGAUCUGAAGGAGACUCUGAAUCAUUCCAUUACAAAGCUUAAUGCAGAGAAUAAUGCAACUUUCUAUUUCAAGAUUGACAUUGUGCACAGAGCAACAUUCCAGUGGGUGAGUGGAUACAAAUAUCUUAUUGAGUUCACGGCAAGGGAAACCACAUGUUCCAAGGAAAGUAAUAAAGAGCUGACUGAAAGUUGUGAGAUCAAUAAACAUGGGGAAAUGCUAAGAUGCACUGCUGAGGAUUACUAUCGGGUAGGUAAGAAGAAUAGAAUCGAGACUACUGUCAAAUGUCAGUCACCAGGAAAGAAGCAACUAAAGCCCUGCGUGUACAAGGGCCGACCUCAGGAGGCAGGGGCAGAGCCAACAUCUAAGAGUGAGGCCUCUUGACCAGUGGGCAGAAUCUCCACGUCUCGCACAAUAGCCCCAGCAACCUGUCAGCAACCCUGAAUGGAAGGACAAGAAGAUGGGAUAGAAUGUCAGUAGAGAAGAAUGCCAUUUUAUCAUUCUGUUUCUGUCUGAAAUAAAGUUUGAUCUUAAUGUUCA